AUGGCUACACCUAACGCAAGUGCUACAGAACCCAGUGUUGAAACCUCUAUCCCAGAAACUACAAAAUUUUUCUGUCCACCUUGCUCUGCACCAUCUACUGGCUCAACUAAUGAGCCUAUCGGAUCGCCACAACCGGUCCAUAACCAUCAUGACAUGACUGAACCCACAUCUGAUGCUAAUUCAUCUAUAGUUCCAUCCCAACAAAGUUUUGAUUCGUCACCGGCCCAAACUGUGUUUUCGAACAUCUCAUUAACUCCUUUAUUGCUUGACUUCAUCAGGAAUUUGCUAUCAAAGAUCUUGGUUCAGCAGUCUUUAGUCAACAUAUUCUCCAGUCCAAAGGCUAAAGAAGAAUCUAAUCAGAUUGGUAUUAAAGCAGACUGGCGAGGUGUAAUCAGUUGUGUAUACUCAACCCCUCUCAUCAACCUCUUAGUUUUCAGUGUCGCAGAAGGUGAGGCCACCGUGCAAGGGUGGUUGUGGGAUGUGUUGUUGCAACCUGUUAAGAGUAAAGGGCAUCUGCUAAAUGAAGACACUAUUGAUCAUAUCAAAACAAUUAUUUCCCAAAAGGGUAGUGAUGCAUGGUGGUAUAUGAAAGUAGAAGAAUUGCUUCCUGAGAAAUAUCGUGAUAAAGCAUCAGAUUAUGUGAAAGGAACUGAUACAAUGGAUGUUUGGUUUGAUUCAGGUUUAGAUUUUGUUGAUGUCAUAGCUAAGCUAAUUAUGUUCUCUUUCUCUUUCUCCAUUUACAGAAUCAAUGAUGGGUUUGGGGAAAACCCUGUGAAACAGCCAUUUGAAUGUGAUGAUUAG